AUGUCGGGUGCGUACUGUUAUGAGAAACGAAUUGUCCUGACUGAAUUGAGGCUGCAGGCCAGCCCCAUACACACAAGGAGACAAGGAGACAAGGAGACAGCUGAUCUCAGAGCAGAUGAGGGAGAUCCCCGCGUGGACCUCAGAGGCACGUUGGUGGCCUACGAGCAGGAAGACUACUACCACUCUGUGCAGUGGUUGGAGGAGUCGGUGCGUCUCUUCAGGGGAACAAGAGGCGAGUGGAGCCCUGAGAAUGAAGGGACUUUAGAGGACGCUCUGGAUCACUUGGCCUUCUCUCACUUUAAAACAGGAAACGUCUCCUACGCUCUCAGUUUAUCUCAGGAGUUGCUGCAUCAUGAUCCAAUGAAUGGAAGAGUUUUGCAGAAUGUUGAGAAAUACGAGAAGCUGCUGGUGACGAGUCCACCGACAUCAGUCAGGGUCGACAGGCUGAGGAGACCCACCUCUAACUAUUUAAGGACCAGGGACACUUACGAGAGACUCUGCCAGACCCAAGGCUCUCAGCCGAUGCAUUUUGAAAACCCCAGACUAUUCUGCGACUACUUCACCAACGGGAACCCUGGACUGCUGCUGCUGCCGGUGAGACGUGAAGUGCUGAGCCUGCAGCCGUAUGUGGUCCUGUACCACAACUUCAUCACUGACUCAGAGGCUGAGGACAUCAAGAUGACUGCCCAGCCAGGAUUGAGGCGAUCUGUCGUGGCAGCUGGAGAGAAACAAGCAACGGCAGAAUAUCGCAUCAGCAAGAGUGCAUGGCUGAAGGGCUCAGCACACCCAACUGUUGUGAAGCUGGACCGCAAGAUCUCCAUGCUCACAGGUCUGAAUGUGAAGCAUCCGUAUGGCGAGUACCUCCAAGUAGUGAAUUAUGGGAUUGGUGGCCAUUAUGAGCCUCACUUUGACCACGCUACAUCGCCUUCAAGUCCCGUGUUCAAGCUGAAAACUGGGAAUCGAGUGGCAACCUUGAUGAUAUAUCUCAGCUCUGUCGAGGCAGGUGGGUCCACAGCCUUCAUCUACGGCAACUUCAGCGUCCCCGUCAUGGAGAAAGCUGCCAUUUUCUGGUGGAAUCUCCAUAGAAAUGGUCGAGGAGACGCAGACACGCUGCAUGCUGGCUGCCCUGUGCUUAUUGGGGAUAAAUGGGUGGCAAACAAAUGGAUCCAUGAGCACGGCCAAGAGUUCCAACAUCGCUGCAGCCUGAAUCCUGAAGAGUGAGAGGGGUGGAGUGAUAGCUGGGCCCCUUUGGAGUACAAGAGCCAGCCUCUACAAUUGAGAGGCACAUGUGCAGGCGGAGAGAGGGAGGGAGCCAGAAAGUGAGCACACAGGCAGGGGAGGCGAGAGCCGUUAUGGGGCAGCCUGCAUCUGUGAUUGGAGCCCCGGGCCCCAGGGAGCCUGAAGUGUACGCUGCUGCAGUGGACAUGGAUAGCACAGGGCUGAGAGGCGGAGUAGAAGAGGACUGGCAAUCAGCCCCCAGAGGCCAAAUGCUCUCUUGCUCCUACUGGCCAGUUCCUGCAGAUGGAGUGAGGCCUCUGCCCUUUGCACACUGUGCUGGUUUCAGUUAACUGAGCAAGGCUGUUUGCCUCUCCUGCUUGCUUAAAAACUGACAUACUGUAUAUGCAGUCCUUUUCCUACACUGGGUCCACUCCAGGGUCUGUCAUUACAAAUCACACAGCUGUAUGCAGACUCUCAGAACUUAUUUCUAAUGAGUAGAUGCAGAAGUUUACAAAGAUACCAAAAUGUGCCUGAAUCUACAGUGAAAUGGGUAUAAAAGGAUUCACAAGGCAUCUAGAAUUUUCUAUUUGUGUAGAAGUUUUGGAUUUGAGUAUUCAAGUCCAUUUAGAUGUGAUAAUACUUCCUUGAAGUGGUUUUAAAAGGUACCAUAAUGUGGUUUUGGUGGAAGUAUCUUCUGUAAUAGGCUAUUUCAGACCUCAGACUGGUGCUAUGAGUCAAAGGAACCAGUCAUUAUGAGUGUGCAGUCUGUUCCCAGCUGACUGACGAUGUGGUCAUUGCUGCCUGUGGGAGACUCGUUCAAUAACUGGCUGUCUACUGGAACAGAUGAACCAGAUCUGUCGCCUCUUAUUGAGCUUCAGAGGCCGGGUGUCAUUAAUCACGCUCUGCACGCCAACGUGAUUGGGACACGUCUUCUCCAGACUUCAUGUCUGAACUCACACAACCACCGCUGGCUGCAUACCACUCAGAUAUCUCAGAUAUCUGUGUCUAAGUAGGUCAUAACCCAUCUUAAAAACAGAGUAAAGUGGACCAACAGUAUUAAAAUUCACUGUAUGA